AUGUUAUUCAACAUGGGCGUCGUAAACCGCUUGGGACGCAUUGAUGACGGGACGACGACAUCGGAUUACGAUUCGGCUGAGAUUGAGCGCCAGAUUUCGCUCAAGGUCUCUUUGCUAAAUGGCCAGUGGCAGGAUCACCGCCUCAACCUAAUGGAUACGCCGGGCUACGCAGACUUUAUCUCCGAGGCCAAGGCGGCGCUGCGCGUGUCCGACGCGGCGGUCGCUGUCGUCGAUUCGGUUGCCGGAGUAGAGAUCGGCACUGAGCGGACUUGGAAUUUCGCUGCCGAGUACAAUUUGCCCCGGGUGCUAUUCAUCAACAAGAUGGAUCGCGCCGAUGCCGACGCCGACCAGAUCUUAGAGAUGGUUCAAGAGCGUUUCGGGCGCCAAGUCGUGCCUUUGCAAGUGGCGGUAAACCCCGGUGAGGGGUUCAACCAGAUUGUCGAUUUGAUUACCAUGAAAGCCUAUGCGUACCAAGAUGGUAAGGCCACUGAAGGAGACGUACCGGACGAGGUCCAGGGCCGCGCCGAGGAGUUGCGCGAGCAGCUAGUAGAAUCCAUCGCCGAGACCGACGAAGCGCUGAUGGAGAAGUAUUUCAGUGAGGGCGAAUUGACUGCAGAGGAUAUAGUCGCUGGUUUGCGCCAGGCCAUGUUACGGCUCGAAAUUUUUCCGGUCUUUUUAGGGGAUGCCUACAACAAUGUCGGCAUUGAUCGGCUGCUAGACGCCUUGGUGCAAUACGGGCCAUCGCCAGCCGAGUCUGCAGGACUCAGAUUCCAAAAUGGCGAGGAGCAGGAAGUUGAGCUUGAAGGUGCCGCUACUGCGUCCUUGGCUGCUUUGGUGUUCAAGACCUUGGCCGAGCAUCACGUAGGUGAGCUCACUCUGCUGCGCCUCUUCUCUGGAGCGAUCAAGCCCGGCGACGAAGUGGCCAACUCAAGCAAUCGCAAUACCGAGCGCAUUGGCCAGAUAUAUCACCUCAACGGCAACAGGCGGGUCGAGGUCGAAAGUGCUGAGGCUGGCGAUAUCGUCGCCUUAGUCAAGCUCAAGAACACCCAUACGACCAAUACGCUUUGUGCCAAGGGUGAGUCGCUACAACUUCCGGGCAUUGUAUUCCCCGAGCCGCUAAUUCGCGUGGCUAUUCAGGCCAAGGAGCAAGGCGGCGAGGAUCGCGUCUCUACGGGGAUUGCUCAGUUGCACGAGGAAGAUCCGAGCUUCGUCAUGAAAUACGACGGUGAGGUCCGCCAAACGAUCCUGCUGACCCAAGGCGAGUUGCAUCUGGAGAUUAUCGUUAGCCGCCUGAAAGAGCGGUUUGGCGUGGAGAUCGAUAUGGAGGUGCCGCGGAUUCCCUAUCGAGAAACGAUCCGCGGCAACGCCGAUGCGCAAUAUCGGCACAAGAAGCAGUCGGGUGGACGGGGGCAGUUUGGCGAAGUCGUCGGCGGCAAUAUCCCGAGCAACUUCAUCCCCGCGGUGGAAAAGGGCAUCGUCGAGACGCUGAGCCAAGGGCCAGUAGCUGGUUACCAAGUCAUUGAUGUGGCUGCUACCGUGUAUGACGGUAAGCACCACCCGGUAGACUCGGACGAAGUUUCUUUUAAGUUGGCCAGCGCUCACGCCUUUAGGGACGCUUUCCUCAAAGCCAAACCGAUCCUGUUAGAACCUAUUUACCAUUUGGAGAUUACGGUGCCCGAGGAGUUUAUGGGCGACGUAAUGGGCGAUCUCUCGUCGCGGCGGGGUCGGAUCAGCGGUAUGGACACCGCCGGCCAUUUCCAGGUCAUCCACGCCGAGGCCCCCUUAGCGGAAAUAAACCGUUACGCCACGUUGCUGCGCUCCAUGACGCAGGGCAAGGGAUUCCACGCGCAGCGAUUCGACCGCUACGAGGACGUACCCGGGGAUAUCGUAGCUAAAAUCAUCGAGGAUUCGCAGAAGAACAAGGGCAGAGAAGCGGCGUAA